UUGCUUCUGCACCAAGUGAAGGAAGCGCUUUCCAUUUCUGUGCUAGUCGAUGGAUUGCGGGUAGAUGAUCGUACUCCAUAUUAUUCGGAAUUGUAUCCGGAAAGGGUAAUGCUGUGUGAUACAAGUAAUGUACUGCCGAGCCAUGCGGAGAUCAGAAUAGUGAAAUUUUUGGGUGAAGACCCUAGCCGUGAAUGCGAUCUUCAGCUGAGUGUCAUUGUACCGGAAACAAUGAGGUUCAAUGAGUUGCAAGAUCAAGUGGCUAAAAGCAAGCGGAGAAAUGUGAUCGAUGGUAUACGCUCGAGAGUCGCUAUAGAUCUAAACGUGAAGUGUCCAACGAGUGCUGUAUUCCCUCUGAAUCAGUGCAGCGAUCAACUGCUGGUCCUUGAGUCCGAAGGAAUUCGGCUUAACAACAAGUUUAAUCGAAUGAGUGCUAUGGAGAGCGAAUUUCAGAAGAAUUUCAUUGAAAAUGAUUACGGAUACGAUCCAACGGUUGAUUGUUUACUGGACUGCCUGAAUAUCAUGCUCCCAAAGGUUCGAGUUUACGAAGGACGGAGAUUCACGAUGUCCAACAGGAAGGAAGAUAAG